GUGGCCGGCCAUGGCGCUGCUGCUGGCUCUCCUCAGGCGGGUGCUGGAGUACCUCGGCUGGCCGGAGCACCAGGCCAUUUUUUUGGAAACUCGUAGAUUCAGCUGCAAUAUCGGUCGCACAAUCAGAACAUGCCUUCCUUCAGCAGCCUCAUCAAGAAGGCAUUUCCAGCAGCUUUAUGCCAUCAUAAGGAAGUAUCGGGUCAAGGUCAUAUCUGUUUGCCAAAGAAAGGAAUAUGGACCAACUCGAAGUGUCGUUCGCAGACUUGGCACAAUUCUUUCCCUGGAGCCUUGCCCAAGACCUUAUUUUCAACUUGUUCAAGACCCAAGUCCAUUGGAUUAUGAUGAACAAAGCACAGCCCCAACUCCUGUAGUUCCAUCACUUAGUGAUGUCCUAUGGGUGGCAAGUGAUGAGGGACAACCAUUUACUAGAUUCAGGACUGAGUUGUGGAGAAAAGAAAAAAGUACAGUUCACCAUGACCUACAUCCAUCUGUAGUUUCCUUACCAAGUGGUCCAAAAAACAAUACACAAAAGGACAGUCUUGUUGACCAAAAAGCACUCCAGAAGAUUUCUGCACUUGAAGAUGAGUUAGUCUUUCUUCGUACCCAAAUUGCUGCAAUUAUUGCUGGACAGACAUUGGGAAACGUUCCAUCACAAACUUUUAAAACAUUUAGCAUCCCAGAUGGAUUUUACCCAGUGCCAGCAAUGACUUCCACACCCUUGUCCGUCUCUUGCAAUCACUUUGUCAUUCCCUCACCUCCUCCACUUCCCUCUGGGGCAGCAUCUGGUGUUGAUGCCAGUAUUUCAGCAAUUGAACUUAUAAAACAACGUCGUGCUGCAAGAAAGAGUGGUUCAACUACAACUGAUAGUACUGAUAGCCAGAGGGCAAAGAAUGUUCCUAGUAUGAUGGAUGUUUUGAAAGACCUAAAUAAGGUUCAGCUGAAAGCUAUUGAGAGGUCACCUGGAGGUACCCCACUUUCCAGACCUAAAAAGAGACUGAGUUCAGACUGGGAUCCGGUUGCUCUACUGACCCAUGCACUUCAGAAGAAAUUUGCACAUAAAAACAAUGAUGAAGACGAUUCCCUGGACAAAGAAAAUCGAUCCUUUGAUAGCUCCCCAUUUUCUAGUCCAGAGAUCCCAUUGGUAGAACGUCGCAGUCUGAAGCCCAACGCAAAAUCUAUCCUCAUAAGAACUGAUGAAGUUAAACAGAUGUCAACGUGGAAAGUGAAAGCUCAUAUUUAAUUGAUAGUGACUUCUGAGGGAAGUAUACAGUAUGUGUAUUUUCAAGUGGCAGGUCCACUUUAUGAAACUG